GGAUGGGCAGGCGGGGCGAGCUGCAGGUGCCAGAACAUGAUUGCAUAAAAGGCUGGAGGUUGUGGGGGGCAGGGGGAGGGAGUGCCACCAGGCCCAGGUCAGGAGUUUCAGCUUGGACACUGAGCCAAACAGACACACAGCACAAGCCACAACAGGCCCUCCUGCUCCAGCCCCACUUCUCUCCUUCACCACCAUGGGGAGCAAGUUCACCCCCUGCCUCUGCCUGGUGCCCUUAGUUCUGAGCCUCUUGUCUGGAGGUGUGAGUACGCCGGUGCCUGUGGCCAGGCCCCAACUCCCCUGCUCUCUGGAGGGAGUAGAGAUCAAAGGCGGCACCUUCCAGCUUCUCAAGGGGGGCCAGGCACUGGAGUACAUGUGUCCCUCCGGCUUCUACCCCUACCCUGUGCAGGCUCGCACCUGCCGAGGCACAGGGUCCUGGAGCACCCUGGAGACCCAAGACCAAAGGAUUGUCAAGAAGGCAGAAUGCAGAGCAAUUCGCUGCCCAAGACCUCAAGACUUUGAGAACGGGGAGUACUGGCCCCGAGCCCCCUUCUACAAUUUGAGUGACGAGAUCACUUUCAGCUGCUAUGACGGUUACACUCUCCGGGGCUCUGCCAAUCGCACCUGCCAGGCCAACGGCCGGUGGGACGGGCAGACGGCCAUCUGCGACAAUGGAGCGACCUACUGUCCCAACCCUGGCAUCCCCAUCGGCACAAGGAAGGUGGGCACUCAGUACCGCCUUGGAGACAGUGUGACUUACUACUGCAGCCGGGGCCUCACGCUGCGAGGCUCCCAGCGGCGAACCUGUCAGGAAGGUGGCUCCUGGAGUGGAACAGAGCCUUCCUGCCAAGACUCCUUUAUGUACGACUCCCCCGAAGAGGUGGCCGAAGCCUUCCUGUCUUCCCUGACGGAGACCAUAGAAGGAGUCGAUGCUGAGGACGGGCAUAGUCCAGGGGAACUACAGAAGAGGAAGAUUAUCCUGGACCCCUCGGGUUCCAUGAACAUCUACCUGGUGCUGGAUGGAUCAGACAGUGUUGGGGCUCAGAACUUCACACGGGCCAAGAAUUGUCUCAGAGACUUCAUUGAGAAGGUGGCAAGUUAUGGGGUGAAGCCAAAAUAUGCUCUUGUGACUUAUGCUACAACCGCCAAAAUUUUGGUCAGAGUGUCACAACCAGAGAGCAGCGAUGCAGACUGGGUUACAGAAAAGCUCAACCAAAUCAGCUAUGAAGACCAUAAGUUGAAGGCAGGGACUAACACCAAGAGGGCCCUCCAAGCGGUAUACAGCAUGAUGAGCUGGCCCGGGAACACGCCUCCUGAAGGCUGGAACCGCACCCGCCAUGUCAUCAUCCUCAUGACAGAUGGCUUGCACAACAUGGGUGGGGACCCGGUCACUGUUAUUCAUGACAUCCGGGACCUGCUGGACAUUGGUAGGGAUCGCAAAAACCCGAGGGAGGAUUAUCUGGAUGUUUAUGUGUUUGGGGUUGGGCCUCUGGUGAACCAAGAGAACAUCAACGCUUUGGCUUCCAAGAAGGAUAAAGAGCAACACGUGUUCAAAGUCAAGGACAUGGAAAACCUGGAGGAUGUUUUCAUCCAAAUGCUUGAUGAAACUCGGACCCUGGGUCUUUGUGGCAUGGUGUGGGAGCACAAGAAAGGCACUGCUUUCCACAAGCAACCAUGGCAAGCCAAGAUCUCAGUGACUCGCCCGUCCAAGGGACACGAGAACUGCAUGGGGGCUGUGGUGUCAGAGUACUUUGUGCUGACAGCAGCACACUGUUUCACGGUGGAGGACCAGAAACACUCCAUCAAGGUCAACGUGGGAGGGAAGCGGCAGGACUUGGAGAUAGAAGAAGUACUCUUCCACCCCAAGUACAACAUCAAUGGGAAAGCAGCUAAAGGAAUUCCUGAAUUUUAUGACUAUGACGUGGCCCUGGUCAAGCUCAAGAAGAAGCUGAAGUAUGACCAGACUGUCAGGCCCAUUUGUCUCCCCUGCACCGAAGGAACAAAUCAAGCUUUGAGGCUUCCUCGGUCAACCACUUGUCAGCAACAGAUGCAAGAGCUGCUCCCUGCAGCGGAUAUAAAAGCUCUGUUCGUGUCUGAGGUAAAGAAGACACUGGUUCGGAAGGAGGUCUAUAUCAAGAACGGGGAUAAGAAAGUGAGCUGUGAGAGAGAUGCUCGAAACGCCCCAGGCUAUGGCCAAGUCAAGGACAUCUCCGAGGUGGUGACCCCCAGGUUCCUUUGCACCGGUGGGGUGCAUCCCUACGCUGAUCCCAACACUUGCAAAGGUGAUUCUGGUGGCCCCCUGAUUAUUCACAAGAAGAGUCGCUUCAUUCAAGUUGGCGUGAUCAGCUGGGGAGUGGUGGACAUCUGCAAGGACCAGAGUCGGAAGCAGCAGGUACCUGCCCAUGCCCGAGACUUUCACAUCAACCUCUUCCAAGUGCUGCCCUGGCUCAAGGAGAAGCUCAGAGACGAGGAUCUGGGUUUUCUAUGAAGGGUUUCCUGCUGGAAAGGGGCAUGAGAGCAAAUUAAAACAGCUGCGACAACACCUGUGUUCAAGAUCCUUUUGGGAAAAGGGAGUAGGGGACGUGCACUGGCCAUGUCGUUACAACUGAAAGCAAAUCUAACAGCCGUUUUUAAAGGCUUAACCCCAAACCCAAUUGCUGAAAAACCAGAGGCUGAGGGAGAUGGGUGAGCUUCUUCCUCAGUGUUUUACUGAGACCAAGGUCGGGGCAGAUGAGGCACACAGAAUCCAGCUCCAUUCCCUAGAAGCCAUCCACAAGGUUUUCCUUGUAGAUGUCAUCACUGUAGACAAUCUGGGUUCUCUUGUCCCGGUGGCAACCCUUAGGGCUGUUCUGGACAGCUAGGGAGGGAGGGAAGGAUUAGUUAAGACCUGAAGAAGAGCAUUGGUCAGACCUGUGCUCACUCCUGGCCUCUGGCCUGGGGCUGCCUAGUUUCCCUGCUGCCCUCUGGUGGCUGAGAUGGCCUCCAUCCCUCAGCCCCUCAGCCCAGUGGCUGCCAACCCAUUCAUUGCCCUGCCAGGUUGCCUGCAAUUAUGGGGGCACAAGCAGAUGUUGUAACGUAAUGUUCUUAGCAAACCUGCAAAUGUUAUUCAUGAGACACGUGAACAAUGUUAAUUCCAGAACAUCAAGAAUUAAAAACGAGAACUACU